CUCCAUCCAUCUCCGAAUACCGCAAAAUGGCAGAUCCGACCAAGGCAGAGACUGAGCAGGUUUUUAAAACGCUAAAGGCGCAGAAGGGAAACAAGAUGUGCUUUGACUGUCAGGCUCGCAAUCCGACAUGGUCUAGCGUUACGUUCGGUGUAUACAUCUGUCUAGAGUGCUCCAGCGUCCACCGUAACAUGGGCGUGCACAUCAGUUUCGUCCGUUCCACCAACCUGGACAGUUGGCAGCUCAACCAGUUGCGCACAAUGAAAGUCGGCGGAAACGCCUCCGCGAAUGAGUUCUUCAACAAGCAUGGCGGUGCUGCACUGCUCAGCGACUCGGAUACCAAGAAGAAAUACUCUAGCCGUGUUGCGGAGCUGUACAAGGAGGAGCUUGCGCGCCGCGUGAAGGAGGACAUUGCCAGAUAUCCCGAGAAGAUUGUUGUGGAAGGCGCCGCAGACAUCUCUGCCGCUCCUACACCAAAAGCAGGCGGUGACGACGAUGACUUCUUCUCAUCAUGGGAUAAGCCUGCUGCACCCAAGCCUGCCCCUACGUCUUCGAAACCUGCUGCCCCUCCUGUGAUCGGGCGCUCUGCUAGCGCCUCCAGUGCACCCACUGGUCCCCGUACAGUCAGCUCCGCGUCUCUGCGCUCCAACUCUUCCACUGCCGGUUCACGACCUGCGUCUAAACUUGGCGCCUCUCGCCUAAACUCGUCAGCGACCUCUGUUGCCGGCAGUGCCUCCGCUGGCGCGAAGAAAUCCAAGCUAGGCGGCCUCGGGGCGAAGAAGGCAGCACCUGUAGACUUCGCUGAGGCGGAGAGAAAGGCAGCAGAGGAAGCUGAGCGUAUCAAACAACUGGGAUAUGACCGCGAGCGCGAGAAGGCAGAAGAGGCAGAGCGCGUACGAGUGGCGGCAGAGUCAGCGAAGUCGGCCGCGGCAGUCAAGGCAAAGUCACCAGUGACGAAAUCCACGCCAUCCGUACCCGCCGUUUCCAAGCCUAAUGGAAGUGCGCAAGACAUGGAGCGAUUGGGGAUGGGCAUGAAGCGGCUUGGCUUCGGUGCAGUGCCCGCCGCCGCGGCGGUUUCUUCCAGUGCGGCUGUCGCAGAGGACGCUCCGAUGUUCGCACGCGAGAAAUUCGGGAACCAGAAGGCGAUCUCGUCGGACAUGUACUUUGGGCGCAAUUCUUACGACCCAAACGCCGUCGCAGAAGCACAGACGCGCCUGCAGUCGUUCCAGGGAGCUUCCUCCAUAUCCUCGAACCAAUACUUCGGCAGAGAGGAAGAAGAGGAGAUGGCCGGGAUGGGCCACGGGAGCGACGGGGCCAUGCUCGGAGACGGCACCCUGUCCAACUUGGAGUUCGCGGCGAAAGACGCCAUCUCGCGCGUCCUGGCCAACCCCGACGUGCAGAAUGCGGCCGAGAGCUUGCGUCAGGGCGCGAUGAAGCUCUCGGACUAUCUCGCGCAGAUGUCCGAGCGGUAGUCUACUGCCUAUAUACCACCCGUCGCACGUUCUCUUUCUGGGAUGGGGCUCUAGAGUGGGCUUUUCCAUACGUCAUCAUCGCUGGUCUUUUCGAGGGGCAGCUCCGGCAGUACACUGGGCCUUGUGCGUAACCUCGGUUUUCUCAAUAUUUAUCAACUUGUGUUGGAGGA